CGGAUUUGUUCUGAUUGAGAGCGAUGACGACAAUGGAGCAGCGGAGAAACCAGAAUGCUGUCCAACAACAAGACGAUGAAGAGAUCCAGCACGGCCCUUUCCCCGUCGAACAGCUUCAGGCCGCAGGUAUCGCUUCUGUGGAUGUAAAGAAGCUUAGGGAUGCUGGUCUCUGUACUGUUGAAGGUGUUGCUUAUACUCCAAGGAAGGAUCUGUUGCAGAUUAAGGGGAUUAGUGAUGCCAAGGUUGACAAAAUUGUAGAAGCAGCUUCAAAGCUAGUUCCUCUGGGUUUCACUAGUGCUAGUCAGCUACAUGCCCAGAGACAAGAGAUUAUUCAGAUUACCUCUGGAUCACGGGAGCUCGAUAAAGUUCUAGAAGGAGGUAUUGAAACUGGAUCCAUCACUGAGUUAUAUGGUGAGUUCCGCUCUGGAAAGACUCAGUUGUGCCAUACACUGUGUGUAACUUGUCAGCUUCCCAUGGAUCAAGGAGGUGGAGAGGGAAAGGCGAUGUACAUUGAUGCCGAGGGAACAUUCAGGCCACAAAGACUCUUACAGAUAGCUGACAGGUUUGGACUAAAUGGAGCUGAUGUACUAGAAAACGUUGCCUAUGCAAGGGCAUAUAAUACUGAUCAUCAGUCAAGGCUUUUGCUUGAAGCAGCAUCAAUGAUGAUUGAAACAAGGUUUGCUCUCAUGAUUGUCGAUAGUGCUACCGCUCUCUACAGGACAGAUUUCUCUGGAAGAGGAGAGCUUUCAGCUCGACAAAUGCAUCUUGCAAAGUUCUUGAGAAGUCUUCAGAAGUUAGCAGAUGAGUUUGGUGUGGCUGUUGUUAUAACAAACCAAGUAGUUGCGCAAGUAGAUGGUUCAGCUCUUUUUGCCGGUCCCCAAUUUAAGCCGAUUGGUGGGAAUAUCAUGGCUCAUGCCACCACAACAAGGCUGGCGUUGAGGAAAGGAAGAGCAGAGGAGAGAAUCUGUAAAGUGAUAAGCUCGCCAUGCUUGCCAGAAGCGGAAGCACGAUUUCAAAUAUCUACAGAAGGUGUAACAGAUUGCAAGGAUUGAUGUUUUUGGCCACACAGUGCCUUGCUUCUCUGCCUUUUGUGUGUUUUUUUUAGCAACCCUUUCACUUGUAUUGAGGUCAAAGAACCAUUUUCUUUAGUCUUUUGUCAACUGUUGAUCAUUUUGUAAACGUACAAGUAAGUGAUGAUGGAGCAAAAGAGCUUUGUAAGUAAGGUUUUUCGGGUAAUGAAAGUUGCUACCCAUU